AUGACAUUGACACAACAUGACUUGCAUGACUGGAAUGAAUUUCGUAACCAACGAACCGAGGUCCUCAGUGUGCUCGGUGGCGGCUCCGACAAGAUGGGGGAUCCCCAUGCGGAGCAGUUCGGAGGGGUUGAGUCUCCGCUUUCGCGGCCCCAAGAACUCAGAACUUGGACCUUGGAACUUCGACGACCGUUCACUUGGACACUCCACUCAUGUCUGCAGGCAGCCAUCCCGCCUGGUCGCACUGAUUUCACCAUGACUGAGAAGGGCGCAAGCUCCGAGAGGAGUGCCAAGUCCAAGGGGGAUGCAGGGAAGGAUGCGCGCGCAAAGGACUCGCCUGCGGCCAAGUCUGAAACUUCUGGCAUCGGUCACUCCAGUCCCAAGAAGCGCCGCAAGGUCAAUCACGGUAAGGUGCCGUCGCGCAUGCGAAAAGGGAUCUUUGACUUGCUCUCCCGAUUUCCGCGACUGGGAGACAAUCUUUGCUAA